ACACAAACCCCCAAAAUCCCUCUCGAUAUCGUCCCAUUACUUAAGCACAUCUAUCUAUUGUUUAUUUAAACAAUCGAUCCAAUACCUAUCGAAAGGCCAACAUGAAUAUUAUGGCACUUCGAGUAUUCGUCACACUUUUAUUUUUGCCAACAAUUUUUUGCUACUCUUCAGAAGAUGUGAAAAAAUGGUGCAGCCAAACCCCACACCCUCAGCCGUGUGAGUAUUUCUUAACCCAUAAGCCCAGCCAUAUCCCCAUACAUCAAAAGUCCGAUUUCCUCAAGAUUUCAAAGCAACUAGCCCUUGAACGUACCCUCAAAGCCAAAAGCAACGUGCUUUCACUAGGCACCAAGUGCCGGAACGCUCUCGAAAAGGCUGCAUGGAAUGAUUGUCUUGAGCUCUAUGAGCACACCAUUCUCCGGCUUAACUACACUGUAGACCCUGGCACCAAGUGCACUAAAACUGAUGCUCAAACAUGGCUCAGCACUGCUCUGACCAACCUCGAGACGUGCCGAGCCGGGUUCCUUGAGCUUGGGGUCUCCGACUAUAUCUUUCCCUUGAUGUCCAACAAUGUUUCCAAGUUAAUCAGCAACGUUUUGGCUACCAACAAUGUUCCGUAUUCUGAGCCAGAGUAUAAAGAUGGGUUCCCAACUUGGGUCAAGGGCGGGGACCGGAAACUCCUGCAAUCUUCUUCUCCGGCAUCUCAGGCCAACAUCGUUGUGGCCAAAGAUGGGUCGGGGAAUUAUCAGACGAUACAGGAGGCGAUAACCGCAGCGUCGAAGCGAUCGGGAAGUGGGAGGUAUGUGAUAUACGUGAAGCAAGGGACGUACAAAGAAAACGUUCAGAUAAAUCUGAACAACAUUAUGUUGGUGGGAGAUGGCAUGGGAAAGACCAUAGUCACAGGGAGCAAAAGUGUUGGCGGAGGUUCUACAACUUUCAACUCAGCCACUGUUGCUGUGGUGGGAGACGGAUUCAUCGCCCGAGAUAUCACAUUCCAGAAUACUGCCGGAGCAGCAAAUCAUCAGGCCGUGGCUCUGCGUUCAGGGUCCGAUCUCUCAGUAUUUUACAAGUGCAGCUUUGAAGGGUAUCAAGACACUCUCUAUGUGCAUUCCGAGAGGCAAUUCUAUAGGGAAUGUGACAUAUAUGGCACGGUGGACUUUAUCUUUGGCAAUGCGGCUGUUGUUCUGCAAAACUGCAACAUUUACGCACGUUAUCCUCCAAACAAGACCAAUACUAUCACUGCACAAGGAAGGACAGAUCCUAACCAAAACACUGGGAUUUCCAUUCACGCUAGCAGAGUCACGGCUGCUUCUGAUUUAAAAUCUUCCCAAAGCUCUGUCAAUACAUACCUAGGGAGGCCAUGGCAGAAGUAUUCACGCACAGUUUUCAUGAAAACGUACCUAGACAGUUUGAUUGACCCUGCUGGAUGGAUGGAAUGGAGCGGUGAUUUUGCCCUCGAGACAUUGUACUAUGGGGAGUAUGCCAACACAGGGCCUGGCUCCUCGACCGCCAAUAGGGUCAAUUGGCCUGGUUAUCAUGUCAUUACUAGUGCAUCCACAGCUGCCCAAUUCACCGUCGCAAACUUCAUCGGUGGCGGUUCUUGGUUGCCGGCUACCAACGUGCCUUACACGUCUGGUCUCUAGUUUAUUUCUUUACAAAGAAAUUGUCGUUGCCUUCAAAUUUAUAAUUAAUAAUUUGAAUUGGUUAUUAAAUGUACUUUAAUUUGCAAUAGCCAGGUAGCAGCUAGCUAGAGAGGUUCUACAUGAUCGGUUCCUCCUGUGAUAAUUAAAUGCAGAUUCAUGUUGUCCAAAAACCAAAAUAAGGAAUAUAAAUUUGAGCAUA